GAGUUUAGUGACGAGGGGACCCAGCCAGUGAUAAGAUAACCUGAUUACAAUACAGAACGGCAAAGUAGUGCACCGACCAUGUUUAAAACUUAUACCUGUUUCAAGAGUUUGUGAUAUAUUUUCAUAUUUCCAAAAGCUUGAAAAGAAGGAGGUAACGAACCAGAUGUCAUUGGAUUUUGCGAAACUCACUAUGACACCAUACUUUAAGACAGCUCUUGUUUUACUUAUUGCCUGUUCACAGUUGGCGGAGGGAUUUCUUAUUGCGGGAGAUGCGUGCUCCUUUGACAACAAAUGCACGUGUUCAAUCAACCGUAUCGACUGCAGCUACAGAUACCUUACUGCAGUUUCCGAUUUUUCGUCAUAUCACAAACAGGCUGAUUACAUCGGUCUAAACUUUAACUUCAUCACAAGCGUCCCGGCAAACGCAUUCGUGGCGCUAUUUUCUGCGUCAUCUAGACGCAUUCUCAUCCGAUUGGACAAUAAUCGAAUUAACAGCGUCGACGUCGACGCUUUCAAAGGAAUUCCGACGAACGUGAGCGUUGACAUCUACUUAAACAACAACAAUUUACAAACCAUUCCAUCCGCUUUGGAAAAAAUAGGCGGGUUGUCGUCCCUGUAUGUACAGAACAACCCCUUAACAAACAUUGACGUGCUGUCAAUUGUUGGUCCUUCACUGAGCGUCUUCAGCGUCAGCUUAAGCAAAUUUCGGUCUUGGCCAACCCAGUUACAGAACUUGACGAGAGUAGUUCACCUCACCUUAGAUCAAAUCCCGUUUAAAAACAUCGAUAGUAACGCUCUGAAAAGCGUCGAUAGCUUAACUUCCCUUACAAUAUCAAACUCCAAACUCGAACAAGUUCCGGAUGCAAUAUGUCUUAUGAAAGACAUGCAGUUAUUUUAUUUUCAUGGGAAUAAAAACCUGAACCAAACCAAACAACUUCUAGUGCCAUGUUCAGGAUACGCUAUGAACUACGUCUCUUUCGUAGAUUUAAGUGACAACGACCUGGUCACAUUUCCUAACGUGUUCGACGUUUUCCCGUCCGUUAAACGACUGCAACUUAUUGACAAUGAUAUCCAUUACAUUGAUUCGGACAUGCUGCCUCAUAGCACAAUGGUGGAAAGGCUCUACAUGGCUGGAAACCGGCUCAAGCGCAUUCCCGGUGAAAUAACAAAACUCUCAGGCCUGAGGCAGUUAUACCUCUCUCACAAUGAUAUAUCAACCAUUGAAGAAUGUGACAUGGCCGGACUGAGGUUUUUAGAAUUGUUGGACCUGAACAAUAACCCGAUAGAGUACGUCUCAAAAUCCGCCCUCAAAGACGCUCAUAUCUUGAACCGAGUAGAACUCGGAGGGACCAACCUAAGGACAAUACCGGAAGCGUUUUCAAGUCUCGCCAAAAUCUCGUAUCUAAACGUGACUGGAAGUCCCAUUGAGUGUGACUGUUCAUUGAAGUCCCUGAGGUCUGUUCUGCCGUUAGACGUUCAAGGAACCUGUGCUUCUUCUUCUCAGACUAUAAACGAUUUCAUUGCAAGCUCAUUAAGUGUGUGUUAAUAAAAGCCUAUAUAACAUUU